AUGUCAACCAUCACCCUCAACCAGACACUCUCCCUCAAAUCUCCCGCUGUCCACCUGCACGCCCUCUCCGCCGGCCAUCUCACCCUGCCAGAAAAGUACUUUGUGCAUCCCGCAUCCGCCACCGCUCGCCGGACAGUGCCAUCGCUGGCCUUCCUCAUCCAGCACCGCCAUCCGACCACAGGAAAACUCACCCGCCUCGUCUUCGACCUGGGCCUGAGGAGAGACAUCCAACUGUACGCGGUGCCCAUCCAGAAGCAUGCGGAAACGCGCCAGCCGCUGUCGACAGACCCGGAUGUGGUCAAGAGCUUGGCUAGAGGCGGUCUGACGCCGGGGAAUAUCGACUAUGUGGUGUAUUCUCAUGUCCACUGGGACCACGUCGGCGAGCCGCGCGACUUUCCCACCAGCACGUUUGUCAUCGGCCCUGGCGCGAGGGAUCUCCUCCGGGGAACGAACCGGUCAUUGACGGGCAGCCACUCCUUCUUCGAGCCCGAUCUGCUACCGGAGGAGAGGACGAUCGAGCUGAGCGAUCCCGACAGCAGCAGCAAAGUCGACCGGGCUAGUGAUAAGGAAACUUCUGGGCCAGACUUCCAUCAGCCCUGGACAACGAAUCCGUUCAAUCUUCCUUCCAUCGACUUGUUUCAUGACGGCACGGUGUAUAUCGUCCAUGCGCCCGGGCAUCUUCCAGGACACAUCAACCUGCUCGUCAAAACCGGACCGGAACCAACAAACUGGGUGUAUCUCGCUGGCGACGCCUGCCAUGACCGACGGAUUGUGCGCCGGGAGAGAGAGAUUGGCGAGUGGGUGGACGACGACGGCCGCGUCUGCUGCAUCCACGCUGAUCGGAAGAUGGCUGAGCAGACGAUCGAGCGGAUCAGGGGGUUGGAGGAGCAGGGCGUAGAAGUGAUUUUUGCGCAUGAUGUGGAGUGGGAGGACGAUGCGAGGAAUAAGAGUCGGUUUUUCGGAAUUAUUGCUACAGGAAUGACACGGCAGAUAGUAUCUACGGUUGUAGAGUUAGGAGGAUUGUGGGGAUACCCCACUGAUAACUCCAAUACGAUGUCACAGCAAAAUUAUCUUUUUCUUCACAACUCUACAACUGCCAUGUCCUCCCCUCCCAAGCAGCAUUUCAUCGCCGAACUGGGCCCUCACGCCUGGAACGACGGCUGGCAGAGCGUGCUGAACCUCAGCCCAGAACUCUUCCAAGCCAGCCUGGCGCUGCGCAGCGUCCCCAAACGACAUGGCCAUCUCUCGCCCAAAGUACAGGCCUUCAUCGGCCUGGCUGUCGAUAGCGCCGCCACCCAUCUGCACGUCCCGGGCAUCGAGGAGCAUGUACGCGCCGCGCUGGCUGCAGGCGCCACAGCGACAGAACUCGUCGAGGUGAUCGAGCUGACCAGCACGCUGGGCAUACACGCGUGCAACAUUGGCGUGCCGCUGCUGGUCGAGGUAUUGAAAGAAGAAGGCCAUCCAGCUGCAGAAGCGCAACAGCUAGACGCGCGACGCGAACAGCUCAGAGCCGACUUUAAGCAAAACCGCGGCUACUGGCACGCCUUCUGGGAGGACAUUUUGCGGCUGGACCCGGACUUUUUCGAGGCGUAUUUGGAGUUUUCGUCGGUGCCGUGGGUGCGGAGGCCAGAAAAUGGUACGAAGGGGGUGUUGGAGCCGAAGGUCAAAGAACUCAUCUACUGCGCCUUCGACGCCGCUGCCACGCAUCUUUACCAGCCCGGGCUGAAGCAGCACAUGCGCAAUGCGCUGCGGUACGGCGCCACGCCGGAGGAGAUCAUGGAGGUGCUGGAGAUUGCGACGGCGUUGAGUCUGCACACGGCGACGGUGGCGAUGCCGAUUGUCGAGAGGGAGGUGGCUGCCAGCCCUACUUCUCCAGACUACUUCCCCAGAUUUAGUGCCUUCCCCACAAAUUGGGGUAAAUCCGGAUAUACCCCGACUUUCGGCAUUUGUCCGACAGAUAGCCAUAUUUCCCCACAUCUCCCCGCAAAAACAUGCAUCUGGGGAAAUACCAAGCUCCAUAGAAAAGGGGAGACAAAAAGGAAGUCGACUUUGACCAUUCAUUUGGAGACAGACAGGUAG